AUGGAAUCCCAGAAACCAAAGAAAGUAGUCGCAAGAGGAUUAAUUGGAGUCAUUGCUGAUGAUUCAGAGAUCUCAACAGUGGGAAUUGGCAAAGGACUCAAUUAUAGAGGGUAUAAUAUUGAAGACCUUGCUCAUGGGUGCAUUUUUGAAGAAGUCUUAUAUCUUCUACUGUUUAAGGAACUACCCACAAGAGAUCAACUGAAAGACUUCCAGGAGAAAAUUGCUGAAAACAGAUAUAUCCCUGCAAAGCUUGCUGAAGUGAUUGAAUUAGUUCCUAAAGAUUCACAUCCCAUGGAUCUGAUGAGAACAGUGGCAUCUUUUCUCGGAACCAUUGAGCCAGAAACUGAGGAGAAUGAUCAAUUCACUAUUUCCAUUAGACUUUCUGCUAUCUUUGGCCCAUGUCUUUUCUACUGGUAUCAUUUUCAUAAGAGUGGGAAAAGAAUCGAAGUAGAUACUCACAAGUCUGACACAAUUGCCAAGAAUAUUGUGAGACUUCUCAAAAACGAUGGAAAAGAGCCAGAUGAGUUGUUGGUGAAAACUAUGGAGGUUUCCCUCAUUCUCUACGCUGAGCAUGACUUCAAUGCUAGUGCCUACAAUGCUAGAGUCACAGCCUCUACACUUUCUGAUUUCUACUCAGGAAUUACAUCAGCAAUUGGAACUUUAAGAGGUCCUCUUCAUGGAGGAGCCAAUGAAGCUGCCAUUAGGUUCAUUAAGCAGUUUAAAACUAAAGAAGAAGCUGAAGCAAAGCUCUAUGAAAUGUACAAGGAAAAGAAAUUGGUGAUGGGAUUCGGACACAGAAUCUAUAAAAAUGGAGAUCCAAGAUCUGAUAUCAUCAAGGGUUACUCGAAGAAGCUCACUGAGACUGAGCAUGGAAGACCAGAUUUAUUUGAAAUUUCGGAGCGUAUUGAGAAUAUUAUGAUGUCAGAGAAGAAAAUGCACCCAAAUCUUGAUUUCUAUAGCGCGUCAGCAUACUAUCAACUUGGCCUUCCUGUGGACUUCUUUACCCCAAUUUUUGUUGUCUCCAGAACAUCUGGAUGGGCUGCUCACAUAAUUGAACAGAGAUCUAAGAACAAGUUGAUCAGACCUGCUUCUAACUACAUCGGUCCUGAGCCAAAAGAGUUCACUGUACUUGACAUGAGAAGUAAAAUAUAA